AGCUCCUGGCCGGUUAGAGCGCAGCGGAGCCCGACAGCAGCAGCACAGCGCAGCGGGUCGACGAGCAGAGUCACACCGAGGACCAUUAGCUGAGGGGCGGCGGAGCUGAGGCGGAGGCUCCGGUCCACCCUGCGGGACUUUAACGGAUUUGAACCCGCUUUUCUCAUCUUCUCCCGCCGGUCUGCUGCUCUUUGUGGGGGAAUAACGGAGUUACCGUGAAAGUGGGUGAAGUACCGACAUUGGUCCGCCGCCGGCAGCCUGACAGCCGCCAGCAUGAAGAAGAACAACUCCGGGAAACGGGGUCCACAGGACUCGGCGCCGCAGCACAUUCAGCCCGAUAAGGUCGGCUGGAUCCGAAAGUUCUGCGGGAAAGGGAUCUUCAGAGAGAUCUGGAAGAACCGGUUCGUGGUUCUGAGGGGAGAUCAGCUGUUCAUCUGUGAGAAAGAGGUGAAGGAGCUGGGCCGGGCUGACGAGGUGUUGGACCUGUCGGACUACGAGCGCUGUGAGGAGAUCAGGAAGAACAAGAGUCGCAGCAAGAAGAACCACAGCAAGUUCAGACUGCAGCGCUGCAGCACGCCGGGCAACACGGUUCCUAACCUGGUCUUCCUGGCUGUCAGUCCCGAGGAGAAAGAGUCCUGGAUCAACGUCCUGAAUGUCGCCAUCACUCGAGCCAAGAACAAAAUCCUGGAUGAGGUGAUCGUAGAAGACUCUCAGCUUUCUCAUCUGACCCGAGACCGAGUGAAGAUUCCUCACACCCGACGACUGCCGACCAGAGGUCACCUGCUGGCUGUGGCCUCCACCUCCUCCUCAGAUGGGAUGCUAACUCUGGAUCUGAUCCAGGAGGAGGACGCUCCUAUUUCUCAGGGAGCCGAAGGCUGUGCCUCCCACCUCAGCUCGGACUGUCCCAGGUCCAAAACUGACGGCGCUCUCUCUGUCAAGACCGCGGAGGCUUCUGGGAAAUCCCAGAGUCUUCCCCGUGAGGUGGCGGUGGUGUGGGAGCACACGGGUCAAACCCCCCAGCCUGGAAAACGCCUGACGACAGCAGAGAAAAACCGCUGCGCCUCUAUGGACGAGAUCCUGACGCACUCAGAGACUAAAGCUGCUAAGAACAAGACAGCGGCGGCGACCCGCUCUCCGGCCUUGACGAUGAACGGCACUGCAGCGCCCAUCAGCCAGCUGCAGGAGCUGAUCAGCCAGAAGCUGGAAAAGACGGAGCGGCUGCUGAAGGAGGUGCGCGGGGAGGCUGAUGGGGAGGUCGGGGAGAGGGGGAAGAUGAAAGGGAAGGAGUCAACUGAAGGAGCGAGAGCUGAGGCAGAGAGACUCCUGAAGGAGGCGUCAGCAGCCUGGAGCCAGGCCCGGGAAGUGCUGGAGGAGGUGAAGGAACUAAGGGCAUUGUACCGACAACUGGACUCCUCCUCCACCCUCACCCCUUCCAACAGCUCCAAACUAAACCCAGACCGCAAAAGCCUGAUGUGAGCCGCAUGGUACUGACUCAUUCUGGUACGGACCGGCUUAGACCGGUCCAGUCCAGGUAAAGCCACGAAGCUGAGCGUUGCCUCUGCUUCUUUUUGUUGGACUUCAGACGAAGCUGCUGAGAACUGGAUCAACCACUUUUAAAUUAUUUGGACAAAUUCAGGUUUUGAUUUUCAGCUGUCAGGAGGAACCAGGACUUUCCUGCUGACUGAUACAGCUCAGUGCUCAGGUGCACAAUGCCUCUUCACAAAAUAUCUUCCUUACAAAAACAACGUGUAGCAUCAAUUUAACUUAAGUUGUGUCCUUUGGGAGUAUCCUUAGAUACUUUUCCAAGCUUUGAAAAUCCCUUAAUGUCUCUCUUUGGUUGCACAAACACUUGAGGUACCUUUAAAAAAGACUUAUCUGACGUCUCUCGUCAAAGUAAAAGAAAAUGUGCCAAGGCGAGAGAUUGGAGAUGAGGAAAACCCAUCACUCUGGAUCCUUUUUAUUUCACUUUAUGAAUAUUUAUGUUGGAGAUACGUUGGUACGUCUUUUGGGAAAUCUAAAGAUGAAGUUUUACGUGAAACAGUUGACAAUACAAAUGCAGGGUAAAUAUUGAAUGAAGGAGGAUUUCUUGAAUGCUGUAGAGGUCAGAAGUGAAGAGGUGAAGGACUGAAUGUGACGGUAGAUGAUCAGAAGUCAAAGCUUCAGGAUUAAUUCUGGUAUUUGUACGAGCUGCUUUGUUUGAAGAUGUCCUCCUUCCUCUUCUCUGUGGACUCAGGAGAGCUACUGCUUUUCAGGGAGGUUUUGAUGGUUCAGGUUUUGAUCACGUCCACCCUGACUUUGAGUAAAGUCAAAAGCCUUUUUGGAUUAGGUACAAGUUGAAGACCUCCAGAUGAGGACAAACAGAUACUAUGCACCAAACCGUCCGAAGCGACCUCAGACUCUUCUUCCUCUUUUUUUCUGAAUGUGAAUUUUCUCUGAGACUCUGGAAACUCAGUGACUGCGGUUGAAAUGUUUGACAAGAGCAGGACUGAUUUUCACAAUGUUUGAAUCCAUCCCCACACUCCUCAGAACACCUAAAACAUACUUGAGUAGACCCAAGAAGACCAGAUGUCAGAGUCUUUGAUUAUUCUUCUCUGCAGAUCAGGACUAGCUGCACUCUGAACAAGUGGCUAACAAAGCUAACAAGACUAACAACUCGAGAAAUUCAAAAUCUGUAGAAGUCCGUCUAAUAUUAAGUUAGGACAAGAACAAUAAAAACUACUAACAAGCAUGAUAGCUGUGCAGUCAUUAACAUCAGGGGAAAGUUAUGCUAAUGUUAGCUAAUAGAGAAGGUGAGUUUAGCCGACUCAUCACGUACAAAUUCGUAACUCUUCAAAGCUGUUUCAGUCAUUCUCAACACCCUGAACCUCUUUAGCUGGUCAGUUCAGUAAGCUAAAGACUAACAAGUUAGCAUUAAUUAGCUGGCAUUAGCUAUCUCAUGCUAACGUAGCUCCCUGGCUACAGAAAACAAGGAUGAUGCUAUCUUAUUAUGAUCAUGGAUGUGUUAAGAGACCUGGAUAUGGCGUUGGAGGCAGAGGCCUGUUCAUUCUUAUGAAAUUUGCUCAGUGGCGCAUGAAGCUAAAACGUUUAACUGCUGCAAAUAAAAAUACCCCAGUGAUCUGGGUAAAUAUAUCUGCAACUGGAUUAGCUACAUGACACCCACCUACACGCCAGUCCCCGAUCAGCCCCCUUACGCCCCUUGGCCCAUCGGCAAAGGCCAUGAUGAAAAUGCUAAAUUUGCAUUUAGCUAGCUAUGAAGUGUUAGCUUAAAAGAGAGGGUGAAUCACGUCUUCGUGUAUAAUGAAUUAUAAAAUGGUUUAUUGCUACAUUUGGCCUCAUAUUUAAUCACUACAAUGCCACGUUGUUAUGGGCUUCAAGUAAAUGUCACUACGGUGAGAUUGUCUUGUACUAGUGGUAGCUAUACGUGUCUCUGGGCACUGUCUGGCCCAUAAGGCGCAUAAUAGACUUCUGCCGGCCAAGCUGGCUACUUCCAGUUUAGUGCUCUGCGAACUUGAGUGGGGAUAAAAUGAUUCAAUCGGAGUCUCUUUUAGACUUGCCAAAUGUUAUUGGACGGUGUGGAUCAAAUACUGAUAUUGAAACAACAAAUUUCGCAGGGGUUAUGAUGCUAAAAAAAAAGUGUCCACUGAUUUACAGGUGACUCUUUCGCCAUGUAAGUCAAUUGGGAAAAGUCUUUUGGGGCCUCAGGGAAUCAUGUGACAGUGUAUUUACACUGUUUGGCCUCUAUGAAAAUUGUCUUCAAAGGCCGGCACACUUCCUGAGGGCCUGGUUAAGAUAUGGAGAUUCUAGCUAGCUAUUAAUAGCAGUGGGCUUAAUGGGGUUGCAUCUAAUGAUCAUCUUCGCUAUCUUAUUAUUUUUCUUUAUUAAAAACAUCUGGAUCUUAUUUAGCUGGACAGCUAGCUACCUAGCAGACACCAGAGGUCAAGGGAUACUUAAGGCAAACAGUCAUGAACCAAUAUACAGAGCUCCUAAAAACUUUGUCUCGUGCGGUUUAAAGAUAUCGAUAAUCUCUACGGACUCUGGGGCUCGCUUGCACAUGAUAAAAAAUGAACAUGUAAAUGUCUUUUCUAAACAGUUUUCUGGACAUAAUCAGGUCGAUUAUGUCUUUCUUGAUAUAAUUAAAAUAAAAUUACUCAUCAAAAUUACAAACAGGCUGAUGCUACAGCAAAAUUGGAAAAACUGGAAAAAACCAUGUUUUACACGAACUAUUUCAAGAUGUUUUUAGGUAAAAUGUAAACUUUUCCUUGCUAUGGAUUCAUUCUUCUAACCAGGUGUACUUUUAUUGCUAACAUUUCAUCCAUACUUUUCUUCUUGUGGGGGAAAUCAGCUUCCUCAAGUCCUGAUUCUGUUGAGAGGAACAAUUAAACUCUCUGUAGACAUAAAAAUACACACGUUUACCUGGAUAAAAUGAACUGGAACUGGAAUUAAAGCCAGAUUUGUUAUUUUACCUCCCAGUGAAGUGACGUGUGUCCCGCUCAGAGACGCUUCAACAGGUCACAUGAGUCUCAGCCUCCUGUAGACUUAAGUACAAUCACAGUUUUACUGAGAAAACAUUCAGGCUUUUGUACUGUUACAGCUUAAGUUCAGCUGAUUUCUGUUGUGUGUGUGUUGGAGGUUGAAGUGUGAUGGGAGCAAUAAAAAAGUGACACAAAACAGAUUUGUUAAAAACCUAAUCUGGUUACAUAAAUUUGGAUCCACGAACAUCAACUACUCAGUCACAAAAAAUAAAGUUUGCAAUAAAAGAAAUAAGGAAUAUUUCAACAUUUUGGCCAGAAAAUUGUUUUUAUAGUCUCUAAAUUGCAGAACAUUAAAUUACAGUGGUUUUAUUACACUGCCUGUAAUGUACAACAUGUCUCUUAUUAAAGUUCAGGGCUCCCUGUGGAGGUUCUGACCUCUAAUUUAAGACCGAUGUUUGUUCAGUUAUAAAAAACACUGAAUGUAAACAGAAAGUUUGUUUACAAGAAAACUCCACAGAGCAGCUUCAACAAAGUUCAUUAAUACGGAUAUAAACUGUUAAUGUGACUGGAUGAUGUCAUUACUUUAAUGAAUCUGAUUUGUUAUCUGUCACGUCACACCGAGCAGCUCUUCGGUCAAAAUGGUGGAUUGUUCCUUUAAUGAUGUCACUGUUCAGCUGUUCAACAUGUCUUCCUGUUUCUAUCAUUUGAUCUUCUGUUUGUCUCUGUGGCACCGAGCAGCUGCUGUAGCCUUAAACCCAGAGGGGAUGAUGGGAGAUGUAGUCCGGCAGUGGUGGUGCUGUGAGUCCUGAUCAGUUCAUGUGCUAAAAUAAAAAAAAACCCUGCAAACUGAA